UAUAUAUAAUAUAUAUAUCCAAAUUUUGAUUUAACGCAGUUGUUCGUACACCUCUCUCUCUCUCUCUCUCGCUCUCGCUCUGACUCAUUCUUGGUUGAAAAAACAUGGGAAAGGACAAGGACAAGCAUAAGCACGAUGACAAGGGUCUCUUUUCACACCACCAUGGUCAUGGAGGUUACCCUCCUGGUGCAUACCCUCCACCUCCUGGGGGAUAUCCCCCUGCUACAGGGUAUCCCCCUCAUGCAGGAUACCCCCCGCAAGGUUAUCCACCUCAAGGCUACCCACCAGCUGGAUAUCCUCCUGGUGGAUACCCUCCAUCUGGUCAUCCUGGUGGAUACCCUCCAUCUGGUUAUCCUGGUGCAUCUCAUUCAGGGCACGGUGGCCUUGGGGCAAUGAUUGCUGGUGGGGCUGCAGCUGCUGCGGCUGCUAUGGGGGCUCACCACGUGGCCCAUGGUGUUCAUGGUGGUCAUCAUGGUGGUUAUGCACACCAUGGAAAGUUUAAGCAUCAUGGUGGCAAAUUCAAGCAUGGGAAGCAUGGCAAAUUUAAGCAUGGGAAGCAUGGCAAAUUUAAGCAUGGAAAGCAUGGAUUAUUUGGAGGCAAAUUCAAGAAGUGGAAGUGAUUUACCUGGUUGUCAACUGAAUGUAACGAAUUGACUCCCAAGAUCUCUAGUUAUGGUUUCUAUGAAUAAUCUUUUCGUUUGCCAUUGGUUUACAUUUCGAAACACUGUUGGCUGAGUCGGACGUAAGCAAGCAAUUAUUUGUCGUUUAUGGCUUUUAUCAUAUGUUUGUACAUGAAACUGAUGGAUCGGCCGAGGUUAGUACCUGUUGGGGCCUGAAAUGGUUAUUACAUGCUUUAAAUCCAAAAAGUACAACCUUUUGGAACA